UUCCUGGGGGCUCGCGCUGUGCUCCUCAGAAGCUAACGUUAGCUAGCAAGCUGUCAAGUGGAGAGGCUGGGACAGACGUUUCAGCUUCCCCGGGCUUGACCACACACAUCUCCGGUCCAUACAUUUUCAAGAAAAUCUAUGAUAAUAUUCUUAAUAUCGCCAGCUGAGAUAAUGUAAUGCAUUGCGGGCGCGCGCAAAGAGGGACCGCCGCACGUAACCCGUUUAUAUGAGACGAGUGACGAUUGCUCCUUGCUAGCUAGCUAACUGGCUAGCUAGCCUAGCUAAACUGCCGAGAACCCCCUUGUUUCGUCGGUGUGAACUGAAGCUAUUCUGUCCUUGUCACCUUCCCGGUUUCCGUUGCUGUGAACUGGUAUUUCGGAUAUUUGGUCUUAAGAGAUACACAAUGGGUGCAUUUUUGGACAAACCAAAGAUGGAAAAAUACAAUUCCCGUGGUGAGGGCAACGACGUGAGGUAUGGGCUGAGUAGCAUGCAAGGUUGGCGAGUUGAGAUGGAAGAUGCGCACACAGCAGUCAUCGGUCUGCCUCACGGCCUCGACCCCUGGUCAUUCUUUGCUGUUUAUGAUGGGCAUGCUGGCUCUCAGGUGGCCAAAUACUGCUGUGAGCACCUGUUGGAGCACAUCACCAGCAACUCAGACUUCCAGCGUGCUUUGCAGGCGGACACAUCUGUAGAUAGUGUGAAGAAUGGGAUCCGCACAGGAUUCCUGCAGAUUGAUGAACACAUGCGAACCAUCUCUGAGAAAAAGCAUGGCGUGGACCGCAGUGGUUCCACAGCAGUGGGAGUGAUUAUUGCGCCGAGCCAUAUCUACUUUAUCAACUGUGGCGACUCACGGGGACUCCUCAGCCGGGCCGGAGGUGUGCACUUCUUCACGCAGGAUCACAAACCCAGCAACCCUUUGGAGAAGGAAAGGAUCCAGAAUGCCGGGGGCUCAGUCAUGAUCCAGCGAGUUAAUGGGUCUCUAGCUGUGUCUCGGGCUUUGGGAGACUUCGACUACAAGUGUGUGCAUGGAAAAGGUCCUACAGAGCAGCUCGUGUCCCCGGAGCCCGAAGUGUAUGCAAUAGAGAGAUCCGAAGGGGAAGAUGAAUUCAUUAUACUGGCUUGUGACGGCAUCUGGGAUGUAAUGGCCAAUGAGGAACUGUGUGACUUUGUCAGGUCAAGGCUAGAGGUGACGGAUGAUCUUGAAAGAGUCAGCAAUGAAAUUAUUGACACCUGCUUGUACAAGGGAAGCCGUGACAAUAUGAGUGUAGUUUUAAUCUGCUUUCCUGGGGCGCCAAAGGUUUCUACAGAAGCGGUAAAACGGGAGGCUGAUCUGGAUAAAUAUCUGGAGGGCAGAGUGGAAGAGAUUAUUAAAAAGCAGGGGGAGGAAGGUGUCCCUGAUUUGGUCCACGUUAUGCGGACGUUAGCAUCCGAGAGUAUCCCUAACCUCCCUCCAGGAGGAGAACUGGCAAGCAAACGAAGUGUUAUUGAAGCGGUAUACAACAAACUCAACCCCUACCGAAGUGAUGACACAGACUCUGCGUCCACAGACGACAUGUGGUAACACACCCUCCCACCACUAACACAGCGUUGAGUUUACAAACCACCAUCCUCUCAAGACCCACAGCAGCUCAGCAGUCUGUCUCUCCGUCACUCUGAGCUUUUGGUUUCUAAGAAGGGAAUUUCAUGGGAGGAGGAAGAGGAAGAAGAGGAGUUUCAUGCACACACACCUGGAAUAGUGCAGCACCAGGCCACUCUGGAGUUCAGGGUCCCCACCCUCUCGUCUCCCCCUUUAUGUUCACCCACCUUAAUACUCUCCUCUAAAGUAAUCCAUAACAAUUGAGUCCCCGAUGUUUUCUUUAUUUUUGUUAAAUCAGUUUAAGUAGUGAGAUUUUGUUUGUUGCUGUAAUUAAUUUGAUUCACAUUUCCUUGUGUGUGUUUGUAUAUUUCUGUUUUUGUGAAGUGCAAUUGUCCUGUACAAACAGCCUGUAUUUAAUGCAGCUUGAUUUUAAGUUAAGAAAUGAAAAAGAGAACCUUUUAUGCACUAUCUGCCUUUUCCUGCUCUUCUGGAACUGUAACAAAAGUCUAUUCAGUGAAUAUUACUGCUUGUCCUCCAGGCACAAUGUCUCUGCGCUUUUAUUUUCCUUUUCUUUUUUUUAAAGUUAGUCUAUGCUCCUUUUUAAAAAGAAAAAAAAACGGGUAACUUGUAUAGUUGACAGCACAGUAAGCUCUCUAUGUCAAACUAUUUUAAAUCCUAAUUAUUUUUCCCCUGUGCUUUUUUAAAAAAUUGUGUUUUAUUUUUGUACGUGGGUUUUUCUGGACACGCUCCGAUCGUGACGGCAAAGUGUUUCACCGUCAUUUCGGAAGUUCUGAAGUGACGCAUCUUUUUAUUUCUGUUCAUUUCUGCAAGUCAUUUGAUGAGAAAAGACGCCCGGUCACACGUUUGUCCGUGCAAAUAGAAACUUGAAACCGUGAAUGGGAGCUUGUGUCGGCGUAAAGACGGAUCCGUACGUGCAACUCUUAAGUUAAAUUUUCUUUGUUGGUUCAGACAACAGACCAGCCUGGAGUUUAAGGGAUUGCUCUCCCGAUGCUGACUCUGCCCUCUUCUUCAGCCAGUGUUCCAUAUCAACCCAACAUUCACUACUUCUUAUUCCGAAAGGCUUUGCAUAACAGAGUUUACAUGCUGUUAUGCUGUUUGAACAACUUCAAGCUAUAUAUACCAGAAUUAUACAGUAACCUGAGAUGACACGAGUAGUGAAAUUGACCCACAACGCAUCGAGUUGAGUCUAGACUAGUUUACACGGCUAUCGUGUCACAUUUUAAUGAGUUUCUAAAAGUAGAUUGUUACCAGUGCCCACUGUGGGUGCCAUAUGAUUUAUAAUCACUUGUUCCAGCUUUACGACAGCCUAUGCCAAGUUUCUUUUUCAUGAGAAUCAGUUUUCUUUGUGGUACAGAUAGAUGUUUAUCUUCUACCUUUUUAACAUCUGGUCAUCUGACAGAUGUGAACAGUUUAAUCACUGAAUAUUUUAGACAUAAUCCUUUGUCACCAGUCUAACGCUAGGACAAAACUGACAAGAUAUUAAUUUUAAAACUUACACGGCUGUUUUUCUUCUUCACGUGGUCUUCAGCUGGACGUUCAAACCAAGAACAAAUCUGCUAACUGCAAUGAGUUCCCAUGGUUGUAUAGCACCUUCUUGUCAUGGGGUUUGCUCUGCCGCUCCCUCAGCACCACAAGCCACCACGCCGUGCCGACGGCUGCUCUCGUGUAUGACUUGUGGGUUGGUUUAUUAUUAUUUUUUCCCAGUGAAUUGCCCCCCUUAAAGAGAUGAAUAGUCCCUUACUAAAUCUGUAUUUAACACAAACAGUAGAUGUAUUUCUUGAAAAGAAAUGGUUUUAUUUCAGAUUUAUUUGAUGCCAUUUCUUUGUCUAAAAUUGCAUUGUUGGAAAUUCAUGUAUGUAUAUAUUUUUGACUUAAACUUUCAAGGAAUAAAUCAUGUUGCUUGAGUUAGUUUUUUUGCCAUGGACAAAAUGUGUCUUGGGGUGGUUAGUUGAAUUUUUGUGGGUUUUGGCAACAACAACAAAAAUCUUUCCCCUUUAAUCGUGUUGUGUCCCUCUGAUCAACACUUAGGGUUUGAACCUUUUCAAAAUACACUAACAAUGUACAUUAAUUCAUUAGAAAUGACAAUCCUAACUAUUUCACCGCAUUUAGGUUUCUGGUUGCAAAUUAUUAUAUCUUUACAAAACACUGACCUUAAUCUUAAAUGAGCUGCUUUCUAAUACGCUUCUGUGGCCAAAAACACUCAGAAAAAGUGGAACGUCUAAGUAACAAUAUAAAGGAGGACAGAGCUGUCGCCCCGUAGAAGAUGUUAAACUGAGAGUGAUGUUCACUUUGAGCUGUCCAGCUCUAACGGCGUUUUGAAACACGGGUCACGCUGGGGAGCGUUGUUUUGACGAGCGGGUCAUCGCUCUACCGGCGUGACCACACGAGGCAGGAAUGUGUAUCGGAAUGUGUAAAGCUGUGAAGUCGGUGUCUCGCUAACCGCCAUAAGAGACGAGCGGAUGGAGAGAGUUUCAAAGAUCUGUUGUGAAUGUGGAGGAGCGUUGGGCGUGUUUGUUCGGCCUCGGAGACGAAAUGUUGGACGUGAACGUCACUGUGUUGACAGAGGAAGCUCCACAGGGUACCUGCAAACAGCCAGACGCCCGGCCAACGGCACGAAUAGCAACAUAAUCAGAAUUCGGUGGAUUUCUGAUUAUACAAAUGUGUUUUUACUGAAUAUUAUCUUCAAUAAAAAAAAGCAACAGCAAAAACGUAUGCAACAAAAAACAAACAAAACAGUAAAAACAUUGUUCAUUAACUUCUUUUGGUUUAAAAUGACAUUGUUUUUUCGUCUCCAAUACAUCCUGCGCUCACAUGUAAAAUGAAAAUUCUGCGAGGCAGUUUAUUCUGUAUGUUUGAUGAAAAAAAUGUAAUGUUUUGUUACUUGAGCAGUUAUAUUUUGCUUGUAAUUGUUUAGUGAGUGCACUAAAUGUCUGUCUCAUAAAACAGUUUUCAGUGCCACGCUGCUAAUUGCAGACCUGGUAGGUGUUGUUGGCUCUUAACCCUUGUGUUGCCUUAGGGUCAUUUUGACCCGAAUCAAUAUUACACCCUCCCCCCGCCUUUGGGUCAUUUUGACCCGAUUCAAUGUUUCACCCUCCUGUUACCUUUAUAUUUACUAACAUAUUUUACCCUUUGGGUUCAAUUUGACGCCAGCAAUUAAAACCUCCAGAAAAUUAUUAGAAUUAAUAUUGUUUUCCAAGUUUAAGUGUGAGGCACUUUAUGUUUGUUUGUUGACUACCGAAAGAACACCGACAUUAAACAUUGAAUGGGAUCAAAUUAAUCCUAAAGCGGGGGGAGGGUGUAAUAUUGAUUCGGGUCAAAAUGACCCUAAGGCAACACAAGGGUUAAAGCCACAUUUCACACUUUUUUUUUUAGCGCUUUAAUAAGAAAUAAACUAUUUAUUUUCCUUUUUAAGACCAUUGAUAUCCCCACGCUCCUCGACUGUCCUGCGGUGCUCUAUAAACGUACAAAGCAGGACGUGGCCCUUGAAUAAUGCUGGUUACUCCCCCAGUUCUAGAACACAAAUCUAGACAUUUGCUUUUUAAUGUUCAAAAUUGCUGCGAUACUAGCAGUUAUUGACAGUGGCUUUGUUGUGAUUUGUAACAUCUUAGCGUUUUGUUUCAUUCAUGUCAAAUAUCCAUGGCAUCCCCGACAAAAAAAACGACAUUAUUCUGUUUUAAUUUGUCAUGAACUAAAAUACCUCAUAACUUUUAUAGGAAUAGUUUAUGUCUUGUGUUGUCGAUCUAAACGGUUCAGAAGUGUGUUCACGUUUGGAGACUUUGAUGAAAGCAUUUUGUGUUUUCCGGUUCUCCCCCUGAACACCUGAUCUAUACGAGUCUCGACUGAUCUCUACGCCUGAGCUCAUGUACAGCAUUUGAUUGAACUGGGCUGACGUUAACAAAACAAGAAAUUAUUUUAGUGGCUCCUGCAAAUGACAACGUAUUUUAGUAACUAGUAACACUUAGUAUACGCUAACCCUCAAAGGCCCUCAAACGCUCACCUGUGUGAUCUCACCAAUUUGUCACCCUUUGCUCAAAUCUAGAAUUGCAUCGAGAGUUCAGGCUUUUAGAAACGUGUCGUGUGCGAGAAGUGACGAAAUGACAAAAGUCAUAUGCACUGAUCAUCUGUAUAAUCGGCUUUUUUUUUUCUCUCCAGAAAAUUGAUAUUGUAGAAAAAAAAGAUUAUAAAGCUAUUUACAGAGUUACCUUUGGUUGCCUGGAUUGCAUCCUGUAUAUUCUUAUACGGAGGAUUACCUGGCGGACGUCGAAGAGAUUUUAAAUGCUUGCGCCCUCUUGUACAUAUUGAUGUACCUCAGUUGUGGCGUUUACUGUGUGACCCUGAGCAGUUGUGGUUUAUUUGUGUGUGUCUCCCCCCCCCCUCCCCCCCAGGGCGACUUGAGCCUCACUUUGCUGACUUUUCAGCUCAUAAAUAAGCUCACCAAUUUGCCUUACCCAGUCUCAUGUUGCCCCCCUAAAGUACUUGUUCAACAAAACACUAUGAGGAGGAGUAAUGCUUCUGACUUUACACUCCAAUAGAUUCAAACGAUCCCCAUGUGAGGGUAUUUAAGCUAUAAGGGGACUUUGUCCUGGUUGUCACAUGGUACAACUUUUCAACCACCGCGUGUUUGUGCGUGUGCCCCAUGUUACCUGUUUGAAUCUCGGUCUUUAAAGCUUAUUUAAUUUCUCACUGCAGAUGAUGUCAUACUUUUAACUAAUGCAAGUGUUUUAACAUGGUAACCUCGUAAGCAUUCACAAUGUGCAUACAUACAUUCAUGUCUGCUCUAUUUAUGAUUACAUUCAAGAAUAGCUUUAGAGUGCUGUAGAUAAGUAUUGUCAAUGUCAAUUCAAAUGCUUCUCAGAGGCCUCUGUGAGUGAUUUUACAAAGUUCAAUAACUGUAUAUUUUGUAUUAUGUUCUAGCUCCAAAGGAAUGGCAGAAAAAAAGAAAAUGUUUAAAAAAAGCUUUGUUCCCUGAACUAAAUUGUACUAUUUGUGUUGUCGAUUGAACAAAUUGCAUUCCUUGCUUGUGAAUUGAUGCAUUUUUCUCCCUGCUCCUGACAUUUCCCCCCCUUCUUUUCCUCCUUUCUUUCAUUUUUUAGACUUUGAAGUUUGAAUAAAAUUUCUAGUUUGCAGAAUGUAUUACUAAAUAAAUGGGUUGUCAUCUUGUG